GUCAAAUGACACCAAGGCUCAUGUACUGAAGAUAGCCCUAUCCUCAUCUUAAGCUAGCUAGCCACUGAAAGUCUGAAACAACACUUCCUCUCACUCCAUUCUACAGAGGAUGAAGCUUAUAUAUAUAGAAAGAGAGACCAUUAUUCUUGUGCUUUUUUUUUAUAUGUUGAUGAAAACGGCGCGGUAACAGAGUAACAAGUGAAAUUACAACACUCCCAGCACUAGCUAGUAGCUCAGUACGUACAGCCCUCAUAUGGCUUCUACAGAUGCCAUAUUGUCUUCGCCAGUGGCAAGCGACGGCUUCAAGAGCAAGUUCUUGGCGAGCCCAGUAGUUCAGGUGCCUGCAGAUGCCAGCAGCAGCAGCAGCAGCCAAAGGCAGCAGGUGAAGAUGGAGCUCACCAGCGGCGAGAUUGCUUGCAAGCAGCAGCAGCUGAAACCGCGGUUCGCCCUGGAAUUGGACGGGCUCAACUGCUUCGAAACCCUGGUCCCCCGCUGAUCGACGAGCAAUAAUCCAUUUAGCUGGAGUUUUUUUUUAUCUUUUCUUUUUUGGUGGUUUUGCAGUUUUGAUUGUAAUUUCCCAAGUUAAGUAGGGGUUCUAUUCACACGAUUUAUAUACAUCCAUCGACGCAAAUGUUUGUUCAUGCCUAA